GCGCACAGCCGGCGCCGCCACCGCCACCGCCCGAGCGCUCGCCCGACAUGAAGACCCCCGGCGAGGUGCUGCGCGAGGGCGAGCUGGAGAAGCGCAGCGACAGCCUGUUCCAGCUGUGGAAGAAGAAGCGCGGCGUGCUCACCCCCGACCGCCUGCGCCUCUUCCCCGCCGGGCCCGGCGCGCGCCCCAAGGAGCUGCGCUUCCACUCCAUCCUCAAGGUGGACUGCGUGGAGCGCACGGGCAAGUACGUCUACUUCACCAUCGUCACCACCGACCGCAAGGAGAUCGACUUCCGCUGCGCCGGCGAGAGCUGCUGGAACGCGGCCAUCACUCUGGCGCUUAUCGACUUCCAGAACCGCCGCGCCCUGGAGGACUUCCGCAGCCGCCAGGAGCGCGCCGCGCCCGCCGCGCAGCCCGAGCCCGCCUCGGCCCGUGCGCCCUGAGCCCGCGCCGCGAGCCACACCGGACCAGUCUGGCCGAACCGGCCGCAUGGCCGUGUUGAGCAGGAGCCCAAGGGGUGCCCGGGACGGCGGGAGCUCGGGCGGGCGGUACACCGCUGACCACGCGAGGACAAGGCGCCGCUUUCCUGCCCCAUAGAGGAGGACGUUCCCGUGCGUGCGGAACCUCGCCCCGCUGCGCGGGCGCAUUAACUUAUUGGACUAUCUAUAUAUUUAUUUUGAUGUUAUUUGUUGUCAAACGUUCUGUCUUUAAUAUUUUGUUUUUGCAACCAUGUGCCCAUUCCAAA